AUGUCGAUUGACCUCAACCUUUCGAGGCUGGCAAAGCUUCUACCGCAGUUUCCGUACACCCGGCCAACACUCCACGUCGCCGGCACAAAUGGGAAAGGCAGCGUCGCUUCGAUUCUUUCCUCUAUUCUCCGUUCAUCGUCGCUCUCUGUGGGUCGAUACAACAGUCCUCACCUCGUAUCGAUUCGUGAUUGUAUCGUCGUAAACGACGAGCCUGUUGACCCAACAUCCUAUGUCAUCGCGCGUGGCGAUGUUGAGAAAGCAGACAGAGAGGAAGAAACCAAAUUGACGAGCUUUGAAAUUCUUACUUUGACGGCCUUGCUCGUGUUUGAACGAGCCAUGGUUGAUGUGGUCGUACUGGAAGUGGGUAUGGGCGGCCGAUUAGACGCGACGAACAUCGUACCAGAUCCUACAAUUCUUGUCUCGGUUUUGACGUCCGUUGACCUGGACCACCAGGCAUUUCUGGGAGACACGGUGUCUGCUAUUGCGAAAGAGAAAGCAGGAAUAGCGAGGGCUGGAAAACCCGUGAUUCUUGGACCCCAAAAACACACCGAUGUGGAGAACGUGGUAGAGCACGUUGUUUCCCAGGUCGGUGGAGAAAUAUUGCGCUCAGUGCACAUUGAAAAGCGGGACUGGGAUGAAGAUGUCGAUGGCCCUCCCGUUCAGACACCCUUUCCUCUUCACGGUGAACACCAACUUGACAAUCUCGGCUCUGCCCUCGCUGCCAUCUCAGCCCUUCUUACCCACCCACAGCCUAACUUCAAACUCCAGAGCCAUAUAACGCCCGAAAGUGUCGCGGAAGGGAUCAGGAAAACCCGCUGGCCAGGUCGACUUUCUUUCCAUAUCGUCCCUGCGUCAGAUAACAAAUCACUUGUCGUCCUAGCAGAUGGGGCCCAUAACCCUGCUUCAUCAGCUACCCUGGGCGCGUACGUCACCGAGCUCCUCUCCUCCCUCGAUACAUCGUCUUCUCGAACACAAGUUACAAUCACAUACAUCCUUGCCUUGUCACAUUCGCCCCCGAAAACGCCUUUGCAGACACUGUCACCGCUCUUACCUCCAAAGUUGAACUCGAAUAUAGACGCGGCUGUAGAGGUCGCGGUGUUGCGAUUCUCCCCACCAGAGGGUAUGCCAUGGGUAAAGCCUGUUCCUCUCCAAGAGUUGGCGGGUGUUGUU